UUAGUAUUCAUGCAUACAUGUAUUCUAUUAGCAGACAUCACACGUACGUUGUAUUAUUAUAAUGUAAUAUUUAUUUGACACAACUCUGACAUAAAUUCACGAAUAUGUACAAACGAUCGUGUUUAAUUAUUGUAUGCACCAGUACGUGAUGUGAACUGACAUUAAUGUUCGAUUAACGUGUGUCACCAUGGCGAGAAGGAUAUUUUCAAUUCCUCACGUUUUUCAUUAAAUUUCCAAUAUGAUGAGAGAAAAGAACAAAAUUUGGGUGUGGGUACACAAAGUGUAAUAACUUCUGCCUUUGAAACUAUGAUAUUACCUGAUAGUCCUGCCCCAUUGAGAAGCAAAAAGAGAAAGCGGGAAGACUAGUAGAAAAAUGAUUAGUACAGAAAAUGGUUCGUCGGGGAUAGACGAGGCUUGUGUGAAGGCUCAGAACAUGAUAAAUCGAGUGCUGUCUGUGACGAUGGAUUGGAGGGAUGGCGAGCCCCAGGAGUCACCAUUGAGCCAGGGUCUCACGGUGAAUGGACACUCUCAUAGCAUUCAAUCUAAACUAACUAGAUUAUACCUUGAAGAACUGAGAAAAGCCCCCCAUGCCACACCCGACUCAGUUCUGAGUAAUCUAGAGAACGAGUGUGAUUUGCUAGGACGACUGGUAGAGCGUGAGGGAUUUCACACAUUAAUCGUAAAUCUUUACGCUGGCAAUAAGGGUUACUCCCUGGGUAUCAGAAAUAACGAUAAACUCACGAAAAAUGCCAGCAAACUUGACAAGAGUUCAUUCGUCGCUGAGACCCAACUGAUGGGAUAUGAACAGGGUGAAUUUUUAUCGUGCAUUGAUAAUGGUCAGUUACCUGCAGUUCUUGCUGAACAGCUCGAGCGAAAUCACUCCCAUUUAUUCUAUGAUGGUUGCAUAAUAGCCGAAGUACGAGAUUAUCGUAAAGGUUUCUGUCACAAUCGAGCUGAAAUUUACCAUGUCCUCCUGAAACCAACAACUCAGAGCGUUUUGUCUGAUGUAUCCACAUUAACGAACGAUGGUGAAUGGAGUCACGAGGAACGCCUUAUCCUAGAGUCACGUUUAAUAGCAGCAACCCAGGGCCCACUUUGUCUAGAUCCAAAUCCAGUUGGUGCACUUGCAUCGACACGUCUUCGUCACAAUCGUUCUCUGCUCACUGAUACCCAGCUUGUGCGUCAGGCCAAGAAAUAUUCUCAAGUGACAGUCAAUAGAAAACGAAAACUCGAACAAUUAUUGCAAGUAUCGGAAUUCAACUCAAGUGGUGAUUCGGUUAUCGAUAGUAUCGGUGAGAACAGCAUCUCGAAUAGUUACAAGGGUAGUAGCAAUAGCAGUGACGAUAACAGUAGUAGAAAUACAAUGAAUCACAAUAGUAGUAGCAGUAAUAAGACGUGCAGUGGAAAUGGAUAUGUUACGAUUCAACAGCUCCAGGAGCGAGUACGUGCCAAGAGGAUUCAAGGAGGCCAAGGAGGACCAGGACAAUCUUCGUCGGUAAUCACUGCCUGCCCACCCCCUUCACUGCAGAAUCCCCCACUUUUACCUCCAAAUACACCAGUUGAUGUUCUGAAUUAUGCUAAAGCAUAUGAGAGACCUCGGGAAACUAAAGACUGCCUGGCCCAAUUAAUUGAGGAAUAUAUACUUGAGACUGAGCGUGGCCAGGGGCGCAUUUAUCAUAUUAAAUUAUCUAUCCUCCAGAGGCCAUCGAAUUCCGAAUAUUUGGGGGAGUUGUACGUCGAUCGGGAUUACCGUGAGGGCGAGAGAAAUGGCUCGUCAUGUAGAUUUACCCUGGGCACUAGAGUCCAAGCGAAUCAUUAUAUGCAGCAGUUCACUGAGAUAUUCACAGAAGAGGGUAGAAAAAACGUUAGGAUAAAACACGUUGUGCCAGGUCAGGCACCUAGAGUGACGUGCACACCUGGAAUGCAGAGGGCCCAACAGCAGCAGGCACAGCAAUUGGCAAUUGCUCAACAAUUCCAGCAGCAAAUACUCUCUAGAGCCCAGACUCAGAUAGCAAUUAACAAUGCUCCUACGAUAACAAAGCCCCCUCUCACGCAAGAGAGAGUGCCAGCAAAUUGCCAAGGCGAGGGAAUUAAUCAAUCGCUACCAUCACAACUGCAAACUAUUAAAUCUGAGCCGAUUGUUCAGUCACUUCCCAAUGGUCUAGCAAGUGCUCUAGGUGCAGCAGCAGCAGCAGCAGCAGCAGCGCAAAUUGAUGCCACUUGUGCCACUACUGCACCACCACCCGCUCCAUCAAUUUCAAGUGGUUCUGUCACAUCCCAGUGUCUCACAUCACUACCCACCGAUUCGGCUCCUAUGAAUUCCAUCAAUACCCCUGGUAUUCUCGUUUUUCAACAAAAAUCCUGUACCCCAGCUGUUAAUAAUGUCUCUCAGUCUACUAAUGUACCUGUUCUCCAAGCCCAACUUCAAGCGACAGCUCAAAAUACAAUUACCUCGGAGUCGGCCAGUCAGCCGGAAAUAACAUUCAAAAAACACUCGACAAAUCCAGCGAUCAGUGCUCUAGUAACAUCACUUAUGAAUUCGGCACAGCAAUUUCAGCAGCAGGCUGCUGCCAAUGCAGCUGCUGCAGCGUUGAGCAGUGCCAGUCAAUCCCAAUCACAGACACCCUCGCAAUCCCAAACUCAGAUACAAGUGCCCUCGCAAAAUCAGUCGCCAACUCAAACGCAACAGCAAGCACAAACAGCAUCAACCAAAACUAAUAAUGCCGCCAUUCUAAGUCUCUUGAACAGUAGUCCUGCUAAUUCACUUCAACAGAAGAAUCAAGGGACUCGACGGAUUUCCCUCAAUGCCUCCAUUCCACCGAGAGUCAUUGGCCAUGGAAAUGUUAUAACUGUUCCCAAUACAACAGGCCAGGUUCGAGUGAGUUUCGGUUCGGCCUUGACGAGUCAAUUGACUGGUAAGCAGCAAUCAGUCAAGGCGACAGCGGUGCGAUUAGCCAGGGUGCAGGACAGUACUUCCACCCUCGGACUCUCGAUGCCAGGGCUUUCUGCUCUUCUAGCUGGCACUCCGUCGGCGGAUAAUCCCAUUCCUGGUAUCAAUACAGCUUCGACUCUUUUAGAGAGGUUAACAGCCUCCUCGAAUCAUGGCAGUCAACCAGCUAGCCCCAUGCCAAGCCCCUCACCCACAAAUGUCAGUCUCCAGGGAGUUAAUCUUACUAAUUUACCCGGCUCCAUAAAUGGUCUCCAAAAUGUCCAGGUAUCGUUCCCUGGAUUAUCCCAGUCUAUUACAAUGCCAUUGAAUGUAUCUGCUGCAACAGCCUCAGUCACUCCCACAGGAGUAAUUGUAUCGUUGCCCAUUUCAUCUGGGAGCAAUAUCUGCACAACUGUCUCGAGCAUGAUUAACGCAACAGUUGUGACGACCGCAGUUGCUGGCACAACUCCAACGGUGGUAAUAGCUAAUCCUGCGAAUACUCAUUUAUCCCUGCCAAUUGCUCAGAUCAUACCUUCAGGUGUCAAGGGUUUGACCCAGCAAACUCAAAAUAUACGAAAUACAAAUACGGUGGCUUUAUCUCAGAGUGGACAGGCGAUACAGCUAGUGGGUUCCCAUCGGCCACGUCUCAAUCAAAUAACUCGAAAAGCACAACCGAAUCAAGUCACCUCCGCUGUUCUCCCUAAUCAGCUCGUCACCGUAGCCAAAACAGUUACCGCAAGUCAACUCAUCUUGUCGGGUAAUAAACAAGUGUUAACGCCGAUAAUGGCUACAACGAAGCCUCUACUCAUGGCAACGCAAGCGAAUCAGGCUAUUCAAGCAACACCGUCUUCCCAAACAGUACCUGGAAACAAACAUGCUCUUUUGACGAAAUCAUUGCACGCAAGAGCCAGUGCAACUGGUCAAAUUGCUUCCCAGACUCAGGGGAUAGGUGUGACCAGCUUAUCACAGCAACAGCUCCAGCAACUCCAGCAGUGCUUGGUUGCUCAACAAAAAGCAACAGCAGUUGCUGCUAGUAAUUCACCGAAUCGAAGUCAAAUUCAACCCAGAGGGACUGUACCUCCGUCUGCUGACGAGUCUCUGUGAGCUUCCUAAAGUUCCUUUAUUCUCUUGCCUCCGGAACAUGGUUAAUUAUCAUUUCAAUCAUGCUGCAAAACAUCUCUCCUUUUACAUCUCACGAUGUCAGUAGUGAAUUGAGAGGGAAAUUCAAGUCAGUAGUUUCAAACAGCUCCUAAAAGCUUCUAGUCAAGUUUCUGUUGAGUACGUCAGGAUCUAUGAGAGAGUUCCACUCCCUUGAUCUCGAUUUUUCGCCCCGGAAGAUAAAAAAUCUCCCUAAAAAUAUCUCACCAACUCCCUGUGAUCCUGAAUCAACAACUGAACUGGCUCCAGAAUAAAAUUGACACAGACAAUUCACUCACUUCACUAUUAACCUCAUGACGAUGAUAAUCCGUCUUUCUCUGAACCCAUCUCAAUUACAAAAUUAGUGGGAAAGCCUCGCUCGUUCGGGAUGUCCCCUCACCAAAUAUAUAACGAAAAGAACAAAACAGACGGAAUUGCGAGUAUUAUAUUGUAGAAUAGAGAGCAUUACUAUUAGAUCUGCAACGGAAAGUUUAAAUUAUUGUACGCAUCCACCACCAUAUCGUACGUACUUACGAUAUUCUAUAAUUAUUAUAUAUUAUAUAUUAAUGAUUCGUUUUAUAUGAAAGAUUAAAUGACAAGAAAUUAAAGAUGAA